CCCCCCUCCCCCUCUUCCAUCAUUUUCCCAUCUCUUUCUCACUCUCUUCCCUACAACAAACAUGGCCGCGAAAUCUGAUGGUGCACCCGUCUCCGAGCGCAACGAGAUCCCACCCGAGUGUCCCUCCAGGUCGGACCCGCGGCCGGCCCCGCGCCGCCUCGCCGAGCAGCGCUACUCGCUGCCGGACUGCUGCUGGGCGCUGUGCGCCCUUUUGGUCUUCUUCUCGGACGGGGCCUCAGACCUGUGGCUGGCGGCGGACUACUACCUAAGGAGGGACUACUGGUGCUUUGCUCUGACUCUGGUCUUUGUGAUAGUCCCGUCCGUGGUGGUGCAGAUUCUGAGCUUCCGAUGGUUCGCAUACGAUUUCUCGGAAACCGUCGACAGCGGCACGGCGGCGGCGGCCGUGGUGGCGGCGUCGGGCGCGGAGGAGCGGGACUUCAGCACCAAGGACAGCGGCGAGCGGGGCGCUGGCUGCACCGGGGCGGAGGCGCUGCCGGGGCCGGGAUCCACGGGAGGAGCCCGGGGCUGCUGCAGGGUCCUCGUGUGGAUCCUCCAGGCCAUCAUUCACACCUUUCAGCUGGCACAGGUCUGGAGGUAUGUCCACGCCUUGUAUUUGGGCGUGCAGAGCCGCUGGCACGGGGACCCGGAGCGUCGCCACUACUACUGGCGCAUGAUGUUUGAGAGCGCCGACAUCAGCAUGCUGCGCCUGCUGGAGUCCUUCCUGAAGAGCGCCCCUCAGCUGGUGCUGCAGCUCAGCAUCAUGAUCCAGGCCACUCAGGUGCUGCCGCUUCAGGGGCUUUCAGCUUCUGCCUCACUGAUGUCCCUCGCCUGGAUGAUCUCCUCCUAUCAGAAAGUCCUGAGAGACUCCCGAGACGAUAAGCUACCCAUGGCCUACAAGGCCGUCAUCGUUCAGAUUCUGUGGCACCUGUUCACCAUCGGGGCCCGUACUCUGGCCUUCGCCCUGUUCGCCUCCGUGUUCCAGCUCUACUUUGGCAUCUUCAUCGUGGCCCACUGGUGCAUCAUGACCUUCUGGAUCAUUCAAGGCGAGACAGACUUCUGUAUGUCCAAGUGGGAGGAGAUCAUCUACAACAUGAUGGUUGGCAUCGUGUAUGUUUUCUGCUGGUUCAGCGUGAGAGAGGGCCGCACCCGCUGCCGGAUGCUCAUCUACAGUCUGACUGUGUUCGUGGAGAACGUGGCGCUGACCACUGCCUGGUACCUGUACCGCGGGAAUCGUACCUCAGACUUCUACGCCGUCACCAUGGUGUGUGUGGUGGCCAGCAGCUACGCUCUGGGCACCUUCUUCAUGUUUGUGUAUUACUGUCUGCUGCACCCUGACGGCCCAGUCUCAGGAUGGGGCUACAUCGUAGAGAAGGAGGUGCCUGUGGAGUUGCUGGCCUCACCCGCCACCAGCCUCCCCCCUGACCUGGUGAGCAGCCCCCCCAGGACCCUCCAGAGAACUAAAGGCUCAGACAGGGAGCAGGGGCCUGGGGUGGACGGAGACGUCUUUCAGGUUCGACCGCCUCGAGGAGCUCAGGUGCCGGCGCAACACCUCACACCCAGAACAGAGGGGCCUGUCAUCCGGAUAGACCUUCCCAGGAAGAAGUACCCGGCCUGGGACGCUCACUUCAUCGACCGCCGGCUGCGUAAAACCAUCCUGGUGCUGGAAAGCGCUGCCCCAGUCACACCGAGGAUUCAGUACCGCUGUCUGGGCACACCCAAAGAAGUGAUGGAGUUCGAGACCACCGUGUGAUGUGCUGAAGGUGCUGUGACUCAGCUCGCUGCCAUGUGGACAUCCUGCCUUAACUAAAAGUGGCAGGGGCAUGACUCUCACGGAGCAGUCUGUUUCAGCUCCACGCCGACUUGAUCACUCUCUCUACUGUCGAGAAGUGGAGACAAAGAGAGGGACGGAGUGCGGUGGCUUUAUUUAUUACAAAGGCAGAACCCUGUGAUGAUGUUGUCUACUGAUGGUGCAUAUUUUAGUUUCUGUAUCAUUUCUCAGGUCAGGAAGUGGUACAGGAAGAGCUUGGCGGCAGAGCUCGCCGUCCGGUGAACGAAGAGAGGAGCCCGUGCGAGCGGUGAAGUGGAGCUGUGUGACGAUCAAUCAAAGGCAGCACGUCCUCGUCAGUGGAGGUGUUUCUGCUCCUCCUCUCCAGGCGGGGCGUCGACCACAGAGGCAAGCCUUCAACAUGCAUGACUACUUAUGGCAGCUAGAACCGAAAACAUCACCCAACACCAUGUAGAGCGGAGGCAUUUUGAGAUGUUUUAAACACAAACCUACAAUAAACACAACACAGGACCCGAUCGCCAUAAUCAUUAUUUCCCAUAGAUAUUCACUCAUGUUGAAGGAGUCUCUGAAAAAUGCUGCUUCAAAUCUGACGGGCAGUUCAAAGGCAACAUCUGAGUUGAAUGUAAAAACAGUUAAAAUGUGAUAUUUGUGACAAGGCUUCAAGCAUUUUCAUGCUGUUAGUGGGAUUUACAACAUUCCUGUGGUAAUAUAAUAGAUAUAUCACUUGUUUUUGAGGUAAGCUAGAACAAAAAAAAGAGGUUUGUGUGUGUUUACAAGUGAUCUGUUGUUUUUGGGACAUGCCGUCACUAUUAUCCUGACCAGAUGCACCUUCAUCCAGAAUGUGUAUGCACCAGAUACAAUAGCUACAAAAAGAUUUCCAUUACAUUCACAGGAUGUAUUCUACAGAGGGGACUCACCACAGUUGUAUUUUCAUACUACACACGUUCAUUUCCAUGUAAAUUAAAGUGUACAAUGAUGUGGACGUUACCGAGGGACAGCACCGUCUGUGGUUGUACUUUGUUAUCAGAAAAAAAUAUAUGUCAAAUUAGAAUUAGCCACAGACUCCAGACUCCGAACAGAAUAGCUCUGAUAUUAUUGAUAGAACAGGCAUGUGAUACUUUUGGUAAGACUUCAUUUUACAGGUUUGCUAUAUUCUCAUAUUUUCCUCAAAAGUUUCCAAGAAAGAAGAAAGUUAUCUGAUGUGUGCUUUAGAGAAAUCAGAGCAGUUGUUGAUUCCAGAUUUCUGAUAUUUCAAUAACUGCUUCGUAUAAACACCAGAUACGUUUUUAUUGAUUAUUGGAAACUUUGUUCUUUGCAAUUCUCUGCAUGGUCAGCUGAAAAAAAAGAGUUGAAGUUGCAGUAACUUAUUAAAUUGAAAUUAGACAUGAAAAAAUCAGUAAAAUAAUUGAUUAGCUUAUUGACAGAAAUAUUAUCUGCAACUAUUUUGAUCAUCGCUUAAUCAUUUCAGUCAUUUUUCAAACAAAAACAUUGAAACAACUUCUAAAUACCUGCAGACGUCAGACACUCAAAAGAGACGUUUUGCUGCGUUUCUUUCUUAUAUUUUAUAAACAGAAUAUUUGAGCAUUUGGGGAAUUGAUGUGGUAAUUUGCCUGUUUAAUAAUGUCUGCGCUCAUCUAUAAAUACAAUUACAUAAAAAAAGUUCUUUCCAAGAAGCUUUUAAGAAAAUAACAAGGAAUUUAUGGACCCGUAACAAGUUCUUAAUUUCAUCAGGGUUGCUCUUUUAUAGAAUAGUCACAAGUGAAACGUUUCUGAACUGCGUUUGUGUGUGUGCGUGUGUCUGUGUGUGUUUGUGUGUAUGUGUGUGUAAGCUCACAUACCAGCAUGUGUAUGAGUGUAUGUGGAUGAGGGGGAGGGGCUUUUUGAAUUUAAUUUGAAAUAGUGUCGCUGAGACGCGACAGUUUUGUUGUAAACACUGUCGGCUCCUCUUCCCCCCCAGAUGACACAGAAAUAAAGUACCGGCCCACAGAGCACCUUUACCACACCUGUGUCAGGACCAAAGCCUCAGAGGCUUCACAUUGAUGGUGCUAACGGUUCUGAGGCCAUCAAGUAACAACCACAUUACAGAUGAGCUUGUCGUGGCAGGAGCUGAGCUGAGGCUGUACCUCAAACAUAAAGCUAGAAUCAAAAAGCCUU